AUGGGAACCCUGCGGUCGGCUGGCCCGGGGCCCGGCGCCCGGCGGCGCAGGGACUCCACGGAGGAGGAGAACCUUUCUCGAUGGAGGAAUCUGGGCACCUCCAUCCCCAACUGGUUCCAGGAGGACUUUAAGAAGGAUAAUGAAGAGGAACUAACCCAAGUCCUGUGUGAGAAGGAGCAGGCUGAGCCUGGGGCCGGGGUGUGCUCCUUGCUUCUGGCCCAGUCUGAGGUGAGGCCUCACUGCCUGCUGCUGGUCUUGGCCAACAGAACAGAACUUUCCAGGAAGCUCCAACUUCUGAAAAAGCACCAGUCUGACCUGAAAAAGCUGGGGAUCCAAGGCUUCACUGAGCAAGAUGUUGGGAGCCACCAGAGCUCUUCCCGCAAGACCCUGAUUGCACUGGUCACCUCAGGGAUCCUGCUGGCUGUCUUGGGCACCACUGGCUAUUUCCUGAUGAACCGCCGCAGCUGGAGUCCCACAGGAGAAAGGCUGGGCGAAGACCCUUAUUACACGGAGAACGGUGGAGGCCAGGGCUAUAGCUCAGGCCCUGGGGCCUCCCCUGAGGCUCAGGGAAAGGCCAGUGUGAACCGAGGGGCUCAGGAGAACGGGACCGGCCAGGCCACAUCCAGAAACGGCCAUUCAGCAAGACAACACGUGGUGGCUGAUACGGAAUUGUGACUCGGCUGGGAGGGGCAAGGCUGGGCAAGAGGGGUGAGCAGGGAUCCUGGUUUCAAUGACGGUUGGAAACAGAACUUUCCAGAGAUAGGAAGAUUGGGUGGAUUUUAUUUCUGAAUACAAAAUGGUGUGUGUAAAUACUGUAAUUAAAGUGAUACUGAGACACA